UUUGUUAUAUAUGAUUCUCACUCUCUCACUGUUUUGUCUCAUAAAAUUAUAAUAAAACUAUCUAUAACCAAUUAUGGAAGAAUCAAAUAGCAUGCAAGAACAUAAUGCAAUUGCUCCAACACCAAAAUCCUACAUAGGAGUUAGGAAGAGAAAAUGGGGAAAAUUUGUUUCAGAAAUAAGGGAGCCAGGUAAGAAAAGUAGAAUAUGGCUAGGAAGCUAUGAAGAACCAGAAAUGGCUGCAGCCGCAUAUGAUGUAGCGGCUUAUCGGCUUAAAGGGCGCGCCGCUAGGCUCAAUUUUCCUGAAUUAAUUGAGAAUUUACCACAACCAGCAAGUUCAAAUGCUGAGGAUAUUCGUGUCGCGGCCCAACAAGCAGCAUUGCAAUUCAAAGAGAUAGCAAAUGAAGGGGGUGUUAAUAGCAAUGGUAGUGUUGUUCCUACAAGGGUUGGACUUUCACCUUCUCAAAUUCAAGCAAUUAAUGAUUCUCCUUUGGAUUCACCUAAGAUGUGGAUGCAAAUGAGUGAGGCACUCAUCUUUGGAUUUGAAUUUGAUGAUCAGUCUUCUAGGAUGGUCAAUUAUAAUUAUGAUAAUAAUAAUAAUAAUAAUAAUAAUAAUAAUAGUAAUGUUUUAGAGUUGAGUGAAUGGGAAGAAAUUCAGUAUGAGUCGUUGUGGGACUCUUGAAUAUUCAUGAAUCAUAUAAUAUAGUACUAGAAUCUGGUGUAAUAAUUAUUUUUUUAUUUAGUAACUCUAAUAAUCAUUUAAUUCGAUCUUCCUUAAUUUAGGGCCAAUUGAAGUACCAUAUAUAAGUAAGACUAAUUCAAUGGAGAGGAUUCAUUAAUUAA